AUGAAGAAGCUUUGGAAGAGGGUCACAAAAAGGUCCCCGUCCCGCAGUGGUGAGACGUCCCCCAGAUCAGGUUCUACUCGAGGUUCAGUAGCGUCAUUGAACAUUGGAUACCAGAUAAGGGAGAAAGAUUUAGGAAAACUUCACAAAGCUGCAUGGAAAGGAGAUUUGAACAAAGUGAAGCAGUUGGCGAAGAAAGAUCCCAGCCCCUUGGAUAAAGAGAACAGAACACCACUCCACCUGGCAUGUGUACAGGGGCAUGAGCAUAUUGUCCAGGAGCUGUUGGAAUGGAAAGCCAAAGCAAAUAUUGGAGACAACCAAGCCAAGACACCUCUUAUGAGGGCUAUAGAGUUCCAACAAGAAGGCUGCGUUACUCUGCUUCUGGCCUACAAAGUGGACAUCGACACAGUUGAUGCACAUGGCAAUACAGCCCUGCACAUGGCAGCCGAGGGAGGCAACUCCAGCAUUGUCACCAUGUUGGUGAGAAGUGGGGCUUCCUUAAACACACGAAACAAGGAAGGGUUUGCCCCCUUGCACGUGGCUGUGAAAAAUAAACAUUUGGAGGUUUGUCACGUUCUUCUUCAGGAGAAGGCAGAUGUCAAUGUAGAGGAUACACAUUUCAGAACCCCACUAAUGUAUGCAUGUCAAGAUGGCUCCAUUAGUCUGGUGAAACUCCUGCUACAGUACAAUGCUGACACCACCCACAAAGAUUCCAAAGGUUGGACAGCGGAUGACUGCUCCGUCAUCCAGGGUCAUCAUGCCUGUAGCCAGCUUAUAUCUGAGUAUAAUCACAAGAUGAGCCUGGCAAGCCCAAGAUCCACCUCACAGCCCUCCAGUUUACUCAGCACCCCACGAGACAAGAACUCCAUUGGGCUUCCUGUAUUUGAUGGUGGAGAUGAGGAUUCAGACAAUGAAACAGAGAGCAAGGUUUCUGGAGCGCCAGGGUCAGAUUCAUGGGCAGAUUCACCAGACGUUUCUGUUGCUGAUGAUAGUGUCAGGCUAAGAAAGAUUGGAGCACCAAAGAUCAACUUGGCCAAGUUUGCAAAGAACAUUCGCAUAUCUGAAAGUGACACAGAUGGAGAAUCUUUGCAAGGGCCUACACCUCGGGGAAAAUUGACCAAGAAACCAGAAAGUUAUGAUCCUGGAGCAGAACCUGGUUCUAAAACAUCAGCAAACACAGAAAAAUCUGGCAGUAAAUUGGCUAAGCAGGUGUCCUUGCAGUCGCAGACUUCUGGAGAAGACAACUCCUGGGGCGACUCGCCUGUCACGCCUCGCAAAAUCUUACCUCCAAAAGUUUCCUUCAAAAAAGCGGAAGAGAUCAGUGAUAUUGUAAGUGUUAUUCUUCUACACAUUUUUGGUUUUCAGAUUUCAAUUUCCCGUUGUGG